AUGGUGAAGGAGCUCGGCCUGUGCCGAGAGGCCGGUGAAGAAAACGACAGACGGGGACGGAGCGGCAGGCCGUACGCCGAUCCGGCCCGCGAACCGAUAGGACUUGAUGGGAGGGGUCGGACGAGAGGGAGGGACGGGGCUCUGCGUCUCCCGGGGAAGCGGGACCGGCGGGAAACGCAGUCCUCAGACCACAUGGCCAACCUCACGGCGAUGAGGGAAUUCCUGCUGCUGGGAUUCUCGGAGGUCCGGGAGCUGCAGCCGGUCCAGGCCGCGCUUUUCCUCCCGGUCUACCCGGCGGCCCCGACGGGGAACCUCCUCGUCGUCGCCGUCACCGCCCUCGACCGGAGCCUCCGCGCCCCCAUGUACUUCUUCCUCGGGAACCUGUCCCUCGUCGACCUCUGCUACGUCUCCGUCACCGUCCCCAAAUCCAUCCACAACUCCCUGAUGGACAACAGAUCCAUCUAUUUCAGAAGCUGCGUGGCCCAGGUCUUUUUGUUGUUUCCAUUUGGUGGUUCAGAGCUGUUCCUCCUCACCGUGACGUCCUACGACCGCUACGCGGCCAUCUGCCUCCCCCUGCGCUACGGGGCCAUCGUGGACCGAGGGGCCUGCGGGAAGAUGGCCUCCGCCUCCUGGCUCGGCGGAGGGCUCUUCGGGACGAUGUCCUCAGCCGGGACGUUCGCGUUAAGCUUCUGCGAGUCCAACAUCUCCCGUUCGGAAAGGCACGUCGUCGUCGACGACAGCGUGGCUGCGGGUAUCGGCUUCGGUUUCGUCUCCUCCGUCUCCAUCGUCGUCUCCUCCGUCCGCACCUUCUCGGCCGUGCUGAGGUUCCCGUCCACCGAGGGCCGGGCCGGAGCCUUCUCCACCUGCCUGCCCCGCCUCGCCGUCGUCACCGUCUUUCUCUCGACCGGAGCCUUCGCCUACCUCAAGCCCGUGUCGGACUCCCCCUCGGCCCCGGACCUGCCGGUGUCCGCGUUCUACGCCGUGGUGCCCCCGGCCCUCAACCCCCUCAUCUACGGCCUGAGGAACCGGGACAUUCAGGCUGCCUUGGGGAGGCUGCUGGGUGUGAGAGGAUGGUACCGAGAAACGGGGACGUGA